GUGUGUAAGCGCUCUGCCUUACUAGUGGAAAUCUCAUUUGUACAGAAUUCAGAUUUUGACGCUCCUGGAUAAACCACAACGACAUACCUGCUUUCCCCCAAAACGAGAGCUCCUGUUGGUCUCCAGAAUGGUCUGGUUGAGAAAAGCCUAUAGGUAGCACGCAGUCACGGUGGAAUCUGGAGUGGAGAUGGUAACGUUGGCCACCUUGCUGACAGUAUGCAUCUGGAUACAAGCUCACACUGCCUCAGGACAACACAGCUGUCCUUCUGCUCCUCGCAGGCUGGUGGAUUUCACUGUAAAUUACGCCCUACCUCACUUCCAAACAGAAAAACCCAUUCAGAACUUAGAAGUGAACUUGGAUAGGCAAGAGGUGUAUGUUGCAUCUCAAAAUGUGAUCGAAGCAGUGGAUAACACCAUGAACAAGAUAUGGCAGGUGACAACCGGGCCCGUUGGCAGUUCUGAAUGUCAAACCUGUGACGUGUGUGACAUUGAAAUAGAUCCUAAGGAUCCACUGGACACAGACAAUGAGGUUCUGCUCUUGGAUCCCGCUGGAUUUUUAUUGCCUUACCUGUACAUUUGUGGGAGUACUCAGCAUGGGAUAUGUUACUUCCUUGAUACUGACAGUCCAAGCCCAGAGCCUCAGUGUUUAUACAAAAAGGAGCAAAACUCUAAAUCCUACUGUCCUGACUGUCUGGCCAGCCCACUGGGCACCAAGGUCAGCAUCGUUGAACAGGGUGCCACCUCAUUGUUCUUUGUAGCGGCCUCGGUCAAUGAAAAUAUCACACGGAGUUAUCCAAGGCGAUCAAUAUCAGUAUUAAGGCCACUUUCAACGGAAGAUGGCUUUCACAUGCUCACGAAUGGCCUGACAGUGCUCCCAAAUCUACAGAAAUCUUAUAGUAUUGAUUAUAUCUACACCUUCUCCACCAAAGAGUAUGUCUACUUUCUGUCCCUGCAGAGGGAAAACCCCAAUAUGAACAAUUCAGCUUUUCAGACUUAUCUGGGCCGACUGCCGGUGUUAAUCCCGGAGGUCUGGAUGUACCGAGAAGUGGUCCUGGAAUGCCGAUAUGAACCCAAACGCAGAAGGAAACGGAGAGAGGAUUUCAGGGACAUUGUGUAUAAUGGCUUACAAGCGGCCCACUUUGGUCCAGUGGGCAGGGACUUGGCGAGUGAGCUGAGGGUGGACGAGAGGGAAGACAUUCUGUAUGGGGUAUUCACAGAGAUGGAUGAACAUGGUCAUCCUCAAAGAAACUCAGCCCUGUGCGCUUUCCCCUUGACAAAAGUGAACCAGGCUAUUGAUGCCGGUGUGGAGGCCUGCUGCAAGUCGGGCCCGGAGCAGCUGUCCAGAGGACUGUGUCACUUCCAGCCAUGCGAGAGCUGCCCACAUGAAAGCUCAGAGAACAAUGACACGUGCAGCGCCAAGCCCACUCUGGUGUCCAAGCCCUACUAUAGACUGGACCUCUUCAACAGGCAGAUGAGAGACGUCCUCCUCACCUCCAUCCUGGUCACCACCAGUGGAAAUGACACUCUGGCACACCUUGGCACUAACGAUGGCAGGAUCCUGCAGGUCAUUCUGACACUCUUCAGACCCAUUAUUUUUGCCAACUAUUCUCUCGGAGAGAACCAGGUGUCCAGGGUAGCAGCUGUGUACAAGGAUUCACUUCUCUUUGUGGCUGGAAAUAAGCUGUUCAGUGUGCCCCCUGUAGGUCCAGGGUGUACACACUUUAUGACCUGUUCCACGUGCUUGAUGGCCCCACGCUUCAUGAACUGUGGUUGGUGUUCGGGAGUCUGCUCAAGGCAACAUGAGUGCACUUCCCAGUGGACCAAACAGUCUUGCUCACCCGUCAUCACAGAGUUUUUCCCAAAGAUGGUGCCUGUUGGCGGGGAGACAGAGCUGAUUUUGUGUGGGUGGGAGUUCCAGUCUUCUCUGCGCCCAGCCAUCAUCAGUGGCAAAACCCAUGUGGUCACCGUGGGUUCUGGGACGCCCUGUAACGUACUGCCUGGAAAGAGCAACAGUGAACAGUUAGUAUGCGUGAUUCACCAGCAGGAACGAGUACUAAACCAGGGGCUCACCAUCACUCUGCAAGUGCAUGAGGGGAAUGUGGAGGGUCGCUACUCAAUUGAAGGCGAAGCUCAGAUGCAUGGCUUCUCUUUUGUGGAGCCUACUAUAACAGAAAUCAGGCCUGACCACGGGCCUAAAUUUGGAGGAACACUGGUGACAUUGACAGGGAGGCACCUUAAUUCUGGGAUAAGAAGAAAUGUCUUCAUUGAUGGCAAAGACUGUCUUAUUCAAAGCAUUUCUGAAGGAGGUGGGAACAUGUCCUCCAUUGUCUGCCUCACAGAAGGUGCAGCAGCUGUUGGGAAGGUACCCAUGAAGGUCAUUAUCGACAAAUUUCCUGUGUCCACCGCUAAGAUGUUUUUCUACAAGGAGAAUCCUGUUGUAGCCGCUGUGCUUCCUCCUUGCAGCUUCAGAAGGGGCUCAAACUUGCUGAUAACAGGCCGGCAUCUUGACUCUGUGCACAAGACUGUGGUCCACUACAAGUCCAACAACCACGCUCACCAGCCUCUUCAGCGGAUUUGUACGGGUAAAGUGAAUGCCACCCAUAUGGAGUGCAUGGCUCCGGCCUUUCCAGCAGACAUUUCCGAAGAAAAGUCAGACACAGGGCAGAUUUCCAUUGAGAUGGAUGGAACCCUCAUGCUCUGGAGGGGACGUCUUGACUACCACCCAGAUGCCAAAGCCAUUCCCUUUGAAAAUGAUGGAAAUGUACUGGAACUGAGCCCAGGACAGAAUGAGGUUUCAUUGCAUCAUCACAACCUGAAUCUGGUUACUGCGUGUAUGAAGAUCAUAAUGACCAUUGGGGAUGUGGAUUGCAACGUCCAGGUUCUGUCGAAUGAGCUGACUUGCAGGAUCCCUAAGGGCCUGGUUGUUCCCAGUGAAGGAUUACCUGUCAAGGUGUCUGUGAAUGGCGACGUUUACGAUGUGGGUACAGUUUUCAUUGUGGAUAAGAACCAAGACACUGUUAUUGCAGGCAUUGUGCUGGGCAUUAUUGCAGCGUUAGUAUUGGGUGCUGCACUUGCAUUAGCUGUGAUGACCCAUUUGAGGAAGCAAAAGAAAGCCAAGGUGGAGUUCCGCUUAUCCAGACUGUCAGCAAGGAGUCGUAUGGGCAGCAAUUCUGAGUUGUCGCCUAGAGGAGACUACAGACGGGACCUGUCCAAUCAAACAUCAGGUUCAGGAGCAAUUGCCUUCCCUGGUUUAUUGUAUGCUGCCAGCUACGACCCUCUGGCCAUUCCUUUGGCGCCUCCCGACAGCAUUUCGAGGGUCAAUUUAAGCCCUGACCUCCUGGAAGAGGUCAAAGAGAUGCUGAUCCCAGCUGAGAUGCUCAGAAUUCAGCAUAACCAGGUUAUUGGCAAAGGUCACUUUGGGACAGUAUAUCAUGGAUACCUGAUGGACCACAAUGAUCAAGAGAUCCACUGUGCUGUCAAAUCACUGAACAGGAUCACAGAUAUAGGGGAGGUAGACCAGUUCCUCAGAGAGGGCAUCAUAAUGAAAGGAUUCCACCACCCCAAUGUGCUGUCCCUGCUGGGCAUCAUGCUGCCAGAGGAAGGGCUCCCUCUGGUGGUCCUGCCCUACAUGAAGCAUGGAGACCUGCGUCAUUUCAUCCGCUCUGAGAAAAGGAACCCGACAGUGAAAGACCUGGUCGGCUUUGGGCUACAGGUUGCCGUGGGGAUGGAGUAUUUAGCCCAAAAGAAAUUUGUCCACAGGGACCUGGCUGCCCGUAACUGCAUGCUAGAUGAAACCUUCACAGUAAAGGUGGCAGACUUUGGCAUGGCAAGGGAUGUCUUUGACAAGGAGUACUACAGCAUUCAAGACCAUAAAAAGGCAAAGCUGCCAGUCAAGUGGAUGGCCAUUGAGAGCCUGCAGACACGCAAGUUCACCACCAAGUCGGAUGUGUGGUCAUAUGGCAUAUUGAUGUGGGAGCUGCUGACCAGAGGUGCCAGUCCAUAUCCUGAUGUGGACCCUUAUGACAUCGCCCGUUUCCUGUUGAAGGGACGUCGGCUUCCCCAGCCACAGUUUUGCCCAGAUGCCCUCUAUGCUGUCAUGCUGCGGUGCUGGGACCCAGAGCCUGAGUUCAGACCUGCCUUCAGCACCCUGGUCCAGGAUGUACAGCAGAUUCUGUCCCGUCUGGAAGGAGAGCACUACAUUAGUCUCAAGGUUACCUACGUCAACUUGGACCAGCCGUGGCCUUAUCCCUCUCUGACUACAAAUGCAGAUGAGGCCUCGGCCUCAGACUCAGCUUCAGGCUGUGACUCAGACAGCCAUAUUGCCAGCUGAGGGUGCCAAAGCCCUAAGGCUUCAGGACGGGAGCCCAGCAUAAGGAACGAUGUAGGAUACAUACAAAGGGAAGGACAGCUUGCCCUGGAUCCACUUGUGCCUCGCACAGAUUGCAGAUCACAUCUGCAGUUGAGCAUGUGGAUUUGUAAGGACUGACUGCUGAUUUAGCUGCCAUAAACUUGUAUGACAGUUGAGAUAGGAUCACUGUGGAAGUCCCCCAUCUUGUUACUGUGUGUUAUUUGUGGCAAACCAGACAUAUAGUAACUGUGUCUGGGACAGGUUAAACUGCUGAAUGACUGCCAGAUAUGCUUAUGUACUACAAUUUGUAGGAUAGGAUUUGGGUUUGAUUUCACGGAUGUUGAAUAACAUGACAUAUACAAUGGUACGUCUCCACAUAACACUGUCUGUGACUUGGAAAGGUCACACGAAUUCUGAAUUAUGCUCAGGGGUCAAAUUUUUUACAGUCUAGUUCUCAGUCUGACUUUUUCUUGCCAUGCAGAAGAAAAUAAGAUGGGGUGUGUAUGUGAUCUCAGCAUUAUGAAUUCAGCUGAACUUGAGUUAGAGCCAUAAACAGCCAUCAGUGUCUCUGCACCCACUGAAUGACAAUGUUAAUUUAAUUCAGCACGAACUUGCUGUGAGGUGGAGUAACUGAAUGUGUGCUUUGUAAAAUAGCUGUCAUCGUCACUAGAGGGCACCCAAGACAUUGUUCAAAACCAAGACUCAACCAUACUGCAGCAACCAUCUGCACCACGACAGACAGCUAAACACAAAGCUUUCACACAAACAGUGAGAACCCUUUUCAUCUGAACCCCAGGAUUUUGAACCCGUCGCUCAACCAAGCAAGUGUGAUGAGCUAAAUGUUUGGGAACAUAAGAAAUAAUCUUCUAGUUACAGGGCAGAAUCGAAUGCAAUUAGGAUUUCCUUCAUUGCUUCAAUUACAGUUAUGUCCACUGUAGGUAAAAUAACGCAGGACUUCUUAUAAUUUGUUUUCUUUCUUCAGCUUUCAGCCAAACAAGCAGCUUACUGUACCUAUUGCAAUGAAUGUCACUCCCUGCGAAUCAGUUUAGGGAUGCUCUGUUAUACUUGAUGACCUUUGUUCGUAGUUACAUGUUUUCCUUCCAUUCAGGAUUCAGCUGGUGUUAUUUUACUUGCUCUUGGUUGCACUGUAAAGAGUUUUUGAUUUGUGUACAGACAAAUGGGCCAAUUGUGUACACUUGUCUCUAAACUGUAACAACGAAAAGAAAUGUCUCCCUAG